GAUGGUAUUCCAACCACCCUUCCCGCCUUACGAUCCUACUGAUAAAUCCGGUUUCUCCUACGAAACCGUCGUGAGGCGCUGGCCAAUCAUCCUCACAGGAAUUGUCGAUCAACUUCAUCGCGAGAAUCAUGACUUGCAUCUAGUAGUACAAACCCCGGAUGAUGAUCCUGAGCGGAAGCAACGUCUCGAAGCUAAAAUCGCGGAAGGAAAGACUAUCAUCGAGAAAAUCAGUAAACUGAAAUACGAGAUGGCUAGAGAUCAUGUCAUGGAGCCAAUUCCAUCUGACGGCGAACCGCAUGUUGAAUUAUACAACACUGAGCUAGAAGAACUAGCUAGAUCUUCAAAGAACUCUUGGUUCACGGCACCUUGGCUCUAUGCAGAAUGUUAUCUAUAUCGUCUCCUACGGUCAUACUUCGUCCAAACCACCCAUUGGCGAAACUAUGAUCCCUUCCAUGCUCAGAAAUUAGACGUUUUUGCAAAAUCAGGCCCUUCGAUAUACGGCAUCGCAACGAUCAUGCACGAACUAGAGAGCGAAAAGAGUGCUUUAGAAUCUGAUCCGACGAAGUUGAAGGUAUUCUUCCAAGAGAUGAUGCAGAUGUGUUUAUGGGGAAAUGCAACAGACCUAUCUCUCCUUACCCACAUGUCCCUUGUCGACAUCGAGAAUCUGCAAUCUGUAGGCAAAGACAUGCAAGCUGCUCGGAAAAAAUUCAUCAUGCGCGAUGAUCAGGAGAAGGCUUGGGAUCAUCUACAAGCAGUGAGAGAUGGUAGAGUGGAUUUUGUGUUGGAUAACGCUGGUUUCGAACUAUUCACAGACCUCGUAUUUGCCGAUUUUCUCGUCACCUACACUCCAUAUGUCUCGAAAGUAGUCUUUCACCCCAAGCUAAUCCCAUGGUUCGUCUCUGACGUGACGCCUCCCGAUUUCAAAGAAACUAUCGAGUUCCUGUUGGAUCCGAAGUCGUUCCUUUCCGAUAUCGCCUCUACUUCAACAACCACUUCACCAAGUCAACCUCAGCCCUCGGUAGAACAACAGCAACAUCUGCGAGAACUCGCGGGCCGCCUGAGGCGAUACGUGUCAGAAGGCGUGUUCGAGUUGUCGGUUCCCAGUGGAACAGCUCUUGGGGGAAGACAUACCACUGCCACGCUAACAACACCAUCAACGAAAGAGUCACCUCUCGCGCAAUUCUGGACUGCCCCCGUAGCGUAUUGGGACAUGGCCACCUACGAUCAGGAGUUGUAUGAAUUCUUGGGGAAUAGUGAUUUGGUUAUAUUCAAGGGCGAUUUGAACUAUCGAAAAUUAACGGGAGACAUCCAGUGGCCUUCCUGGACCCCUUUCGAGGAAGCUCUAGGUCCCCUAGCUGGAUCCUUCCCUCUCCUUAGUCUACGCACCAACAAAGCCGACGUCGCUGUGGGGUUGGAUAAAGAGGUUUUGGCACAGACGGAAGAGAAGGAUGAGAAAUGGAAGGUUAAUGGAAAGUUUGCGUUGAUCUCUUUUUUGGGCAAGAGAUCAGAGUAAUAGGAUUGGACUGCUACUGGCUCAGGCUGUUUCUCCAACAGAAGCGAAUUGUGUCACACAAGGUUGAAAGGCAUGCGUAGCUCUCCUAUUGGAACUUACCAUUUGACAGAUUACAGUAAUUGAACCCCAUGUUGAACUUGUUGCCGCAAAGUUUCCUAGAGUCUCCUCCGAGACCUGAGUGUUUAGCUAUUAGAUACACACUGAAUACACCCAAAGACAAAAAUGUCCGAAUACAAUGUUCCGGGGAUCCCGUCUCCGGUUCCGGACGCGAACACAUGAUAAAUAAUGCA